AUAUUGUGCAGCUCUAAACUGGAAUUGCCUCUUUACCCUCCUAGCUACCUACCUAGUUACCUACCUAGUAACUUCCUACUUUAGGUGCCUUGCCUGGCCAAUAUACCUUGGGAAUAGGAACCAUCAAGCUUACCCGGGCAUUCCCCCUCUCCCCUACUUGCUGAAAAGUUGUACAGUUGCCGGCUUUCGGACUUGUGCUAUUAGCUACCUACCUACGUACCUACCUAUCUAGGUACUCAUAGCUAACCUGCAACGUGAACCGGCAUUGCGGGAUCACGAAUAUCUUAGACAUUUAUCGUUACGAGGGUCUUGUCCCUCACUUGUCUAAAGCCAACUCAUAUGCCGACGUUAGGAUUCCUCAAGAAGAAGCGGACGAAGGAGGAAAAGCCCGAUCCUUCUGUCUCUAGCCAACCCACGAGCCCAGUCACUCCCGUCACUCCCGUUACUCCUGUCACACCGAUCACCCCAACUUCCUCGAGGUUCGGCUCGAACUCUCUCACCACGAUCCCUACUCACAGCACAUCCGCCACGAGUACGGCCUCAUACUCGCGCCAGUCGCGCCAAUCGCAACCAACAACACGAUCUAGUCAGGAUAUACCGGCUUCAGCUGGUGGAGGGCCGCAAAUGAAUCCACCAGCAGUCCAGCAAGAUGCUCCAUUCGGGGCCCAACCCAGUCCGAGCCCCGCGCAGACAGGAUCACUCCAAAACCUACCGAGCAUCAAUAACCUGAUCAACAUGCCGCAGAACGAUGGUCAUCAUAGUGCACCUCCGCCGCAACGUCAAGCGCACCAGCACCACCAAUCGACACUUUCCGAGGUUAGAGUGACAAAGGGCAAAUACUCGCUUACCGAUUUCGACCUCCUCCGAACGCUUGGCACGGGCAGUUUUGGGCGUGUUCAUCUAGUCCAAUCGAAGCACAACCAAAGGUUUUAUGCAAUCAAAGUUUUGAAGAAGGCUCAGGUUGUCAAAAUGAAGCAGGUGGAACACACCAACGAUGAGCGACGUAUGCUCGGCGAAGUCAAGCAUCCCUUUCUCAUCACGUUGUGGGGAACCUUCCAAGACCCAAGGAAUCUUUACAUGGUUAUGGAUUUUGUUGAAGGUGGCGAGUUAUUCUCCUUGCUAAGGAAAUCAGGCCGAUUCCCAAACCCGGUAGCGAAAUUCUACGCCGCAGAAGUCACGCUCGCGCUAGAAUACCUGCAUUCGAGAAAUAUAAUUUAUAGGGACUUGAAACCCGAAAAUCUACUCCUGGACCGUCACGGACACCUCAAGAUAACAGAUUUUGGAUUCGCGAAAAGGGUUCCGGACAAGACGUGGACUUUGUGCGGGACCCCAGACUAUCUGGCCCCCGAAGUGGUCUCUAACAAGGGCUACAAUAAAUCAGUUGACUGGUGGUCUUUGGGCAUCUUGAUCUACGAGAUGCUCUGUGGUUACACGCCAUUCUGGGAUAGCGGAUCACCAAUGAAAAUCUACGAAAAUAUCUUGAGGGGAAAGGUCAAGUAUCCGGCAUACGUCCAUCCCGAUGCUCAGAAUCUACUAGAACUUCUCAUCACGCCGGAUCUAACAAAGCGGUUGGGAAAUCUGUAUGGAGGGUCGCAAGACGUGAAAAAUCAUCCUUGGUUCGCCGAAGUUACCUGGGACAGAUUAUCCAGAAAAGACAUUGAUGCGCCGUACACUCCUCCGGUCAAGGCCGGUGCCGGUGAUGCCAGCCAGUUUGACAGGUAUCCCGAAGAAACAGAGAAAUAUGGCCAGCCAGGAAGCGACGAGUAUGGCUACUUAUUCCCCGAUUUCUGAGGGAUCAAUAGGGUGUCCUAUCAAUGCUCUUAGAAGAGGUGCGAUUUACUGUAUUCAUAAAUCCAAACGGCGACGACCAUUGGGUUUAGAUUGGGCGAAAACUUUGGUAGGUAGCUUUGCACCUACCAGGGGAUGUCUCAAAUGAAGCGAUGGUUUAGGGCCAUACGGU